CCCGGCCGGCGAGCUGCGGGUGCGGCGCUGACCCGGAGGCGGCGGCGGCGGUGCCCGGAUGGAGGCACGUCAUUGUCCCCCGCCGGGCGGCUGGGCUGUGUGCGGCGGCAGCGGCGGCGGCGGCCGAGGGGGAUGGAGCGAGUGCCGAGCCGGGUCAGGGUUGAAAAAUGACCAUAGUUGACAAAACUGAACCUUCAGACCCAUCAACCUGUCAGAACCAGCCUGGCAGUUCUGAGGCGGUCUCACCUGAAGACAUGGACACAGGCUCUGCCAGCUGGGGUGCCGUGUCUUCAAUAACUGAUGUUUCAAAUCAUACACUUUCAUUAGGGCCAGUGCCUGGUGCUGUAGUUUAUUCUAAUUCAUCUGUACCUGAUAAGUCAAAACCAUCACCACCAAAGGAUCAAGUCCUAGGUGAUGGCAUUGCUCCUCCUCAAAAGGUUCUGUUUCCAUCUGAAAAGAUUUGUCUUAAGUGGCAACAAAGUCAUCGAGUUGGCGCUGGGCUCCAGAAUUUGGGCAAUACCUGUUUUGCCAAUGCUGCAUUGCAGUGUUUGACCUACACACCACCCCUCGCCAAUUACAUGUUGUCCCAUGAACACUCCAAGACAUGCCAUGCAGAAGGAUUUUGUAUGAUGUGCAUAAUGCAAACACACAUUACCCAGGCACUCGGCAACCCUGGGGAUGUUAUCAAGCCGAUGUUCGUCAUCAAUGAAAUGCGGCGUAUAGCUAGACACUUUCGUUUUGGAAACCAAGAAGAUGCCCAUGAAUUUCUUCAAUACACAGUUGAUGCCAUGCAGAAAGCAUGUUUAAAUGGCAGCAAUAAAUUAGACAGACACACCCAAGCUACCACCCUAGUCUGCCAGAUAUUUGGAGGAUACCUAAGAUCUCGAGUCAAAUGUUUAAAUUGCAAGGGUGUUUCAGAUACCUUUGACCCAUAUUUGGACAUAACAUUGGAGAUUAAGGCUGCUCAAAGUGUUACCAAGGCAUUAGAGCAGUUUGUGAAGCCAGAACAACUAGACGGAGAAAACUCCUACAAAUGCAGCAAGUGCAAAAAAAUGGUUCCGGCUUCAAAAAGAUUCACCAUCCAUAGGUCUUCUAAUGUUCUCACUAUUUCACUGAAGCGUUUUGCCAACUUCACCGGUGGAAAAAUUGCUAAGGAUGUAAAAUAUCCUGAGUACCUUGAUAUUCGGCCCUAUAUGUCUCAGCCCAAUGGAGAACCAAUUAUUUAUGUUUUGUAUGCUGUGCUGGUACACACUGGUUUUAACUGUCAUGCUGGCCACUACUUUUGCUACAUAAAGGCUAGCAAUGGCCUCUGGUAUCAGAUGAAUGACUCCAUCGUGUCCACCAGUGAUAUCAGAUCGGUGCUUAACCAGCAAGCUUAUGUGCUCUUUUAUAUCAGGUCACAUGAUGUGAAAAAUGGAGGGGAACCUGCUCAUCCUUCCCACAGCCCUGGCCAGUCCUCUCCCCGCCCAGGAAUCAGUCAACGUGUUGUCAACAACAAGCAGGCAGCACAAGGGUUUAUUGGACCCCAGCUGCCUUCCCAUGUCAUGAAGAAUACAUCACACUUGAAUGGCACCACGCCAGUGAAAGACACACCAAGUAGUUCCAUGUCAAGCCCUAAUGGAAACACCAGCGUCAAUAGGGCCAGUCCUGUUGUUGCUUCGACUUCUGUGCAAAACUGGUCUGUCAACAGGCCUUCAGUUAUUCCAGAACACCCCAAGAAACAAAAAAUUACCAUCAGUAUUCACAACAAGUUGCCUGUUCGCCAGGGUCAGGCACAGCUGAAUAACAACCUCCAUGGCUCUUCUCUGGAGGCUCCUAGCAAGGCAGCACCCUCCUCCACCAUCACUAACCCUUCUGCAAUACAGUCUACCUCGAACGCACCCAUGACAUCAGUUUCUAAUAAAGUAGCAAAACCAGUUUCCCCCAGUGAAUCCUGUUCCAAGCCCAUGGUGAAUGGCAAGGCUAAGAUGAGCUCUGGCGUACUGGUUCCCUAUGGGGCUGAGUCCUCAGAAGAGUCCGAUGAGGAGUCAAAGGGUCUGGCCAAGGAGAAUGGUGUAGACAUGAUGGCCAGCACUCCCUGUGUCAGGCCAGAAGCUGAAGAUGAAGACAGUCAGGCUUCCCCUCAUGAGCUUCAAGAAUCUGUCACCCUGAAUGGUGCUAAUAGCUCAGACAGUGACUUGAGAGAGAAUGGCCUGGCAUUUGAUAGUGCCAGCUGCCAGGUCCAGCCUGAUCUACACACAGAAACCCUCUUUUCCAAACUUAAUGGUCUUCCUGGAAAGGUGACAUCUGCUCCUUUACAGACUGUUCCAGAAGACAGAAUCCUCGAGACCUUCAAGCUUACCAACCAGGCAAAAGGCCAAUUGGGUGAAGAGAGUUGGACUGCAACAGGGGAAAGCCCCACGAAGGACCCUAUUUCACAGCUGGAGCCCAUCAGUGAUGAGACUGGUCCCCUUGAGACACCAGAGGCAGUCACCAAUGGGAGCUUGAAGACCCCUUCGACCAUGUCACCCCAGGAGCCCACCAUCAACUGUACCAAAGAAGAUGCCUCCGUUGUUGUUUCAGCUAACCCUGUGGAGGCUCUGCCUUCUAGCACUGCUCUUUGUGACACCACCGGUACUACCUUGGGGGAUGCCCCACUGCCUGAAUUGUGUGAGCCUAAUGACUUGAUUGCCAACCCGAGCCAGACAACCCAAGCAGUGAAAGAGGAAAUGGCUGAGAACCCACAGCAGGACUCUACCUUGCCUGAAGCGGUAGAGAGGCUGAGCCCGGCUCCCUCAGUACUCACAGGUGAUGGGUGUGAACAAAAACUUUUCCUUUACCUCAGCACAGAGGGGUCCGAGGAGGCGGAGGACUCCUCCAGAAGCUCGGGGAUCUCUGCAGACACAGUGCUUCCUCAGCCUGAUAGGACCACCAGCUCUUGUGAAGGGGCUGCUGAGCAGGUGACUGCGGAGAGAGGUGAUGGAACCCAGGUGGUACCCAAAGUUCAGGAGCCUUCCCCAGCCAAGGAAAAGGGGAGCAGCCUCCGGAAAGUGGAUCGAGGACAUUAUCGAAGCCGGAGAGAGCGUUCCUCCAGUGGGGAACAUGCAAGGGACGGCAGGGCCCGGACCGAGGACCAUCAUCGUAAGAAGCGGCGGUGCUACAGUCGAGAGCGCACCAAGCAGGAGCGCCAUCCUGCUAAUACAUACUGCAAUGGAGGCCAGCACCUGGGCCAUGGCGACAGAGCCAGCCCUGAGCGCCACUCUGUGAGCAGAUACAGCCACCAUCACUCACGGGUUAGGAAUGGCCCAGAACAGGACUGGAGCCGGUACCACCAUUUGGAAAACGAGCAUGCCUGGGUUAGGGAGAGAUUUUACCCAGACAAAAUGCGGUGGGACAAAUGCAGGCAUUACCACGACAGGUAUAUCCCAUACACAGCCCGAGAGUGGCGGCCUUUCCGUGCUCGUGAGCAUGAACGCACUGCUCAGCUUGGGCGUUCACACAAAGACAGCUAUUGGGGCCGCAAGGGCUGGGAGCUGCAAUCUCGGGGGAAGGAAAGACCCCACUUCCAUAACCCCAGAGAGGCCUCUGGCCUCACCCUGGCCCUCGAGAGGCAUCACCAAGAGAAGGCCGUGCUGGAUGUGCAGGAGAGCACCCACAGCCUCCCUGAGCGCUUUCAUGAACACCAAAGUGACAAGCCGAGGAAACAGAGGUAUGAGACACUAGAAAAUGAUAGCCGCCUAGAGAAAAAAGCCCACAAAGGCCUGGAGAAAGACACUGUAGAACAGCCAAGGACGAAGAAGCACAAAAAAUCUAAAAAGAAAAAGAAGUCCAAAGAUAAACACCGGGACCGAGAUAGCAGGCAUCAGCAAGAAUCCGAUUUUUCAGGAGCAUACUCUGAUGCUGACCUCCACAGACAUCGGAAGAAAAAGAAGAAAAAGAAAAGACAUUCAAGGAAGUCAGAGAACUUCGUGAAAGAUGUUGAGUUGCAUUUAUCGAAGCCCUCGAACUACGAGGCUGUCAGCCAUUUCCGGAAAACAGGAGACACCUUUCUGCUGGCUGAUGGCCUGCCUCUGGAGGCCAGCAGCUCUUUCCGGGAGAAAACCAAGCAUUUAAGGGUAGAAAGCCGGCCUGACAGAUGCUAUCUGUCAGAGUAUGGCCAGGGUAAGGAAACGGGAAGUUAAGGAUACAGCUCUCUGAGUAACAUGUUUUGGGAAAGGUGAUGAACACAGAAAUGUAAAGCGUACUGAAGGGUAUGAAAGUGGACUCAAUAUGCACCAAAACAAGACCGUUACAAUGAGCAGAGGUGUGGUUUGACCUCUGGCUGGGUGUGACCUCUGUUGAAGGCUGGGCCCAGCAUAGGCUCUGUGUUCAGAAUGCUGGAACGUAAGAGAGAGCCUAUGUGUGUCACACAGAACUUUGGCUUUUAAAGUAGUCUGUGCCUGUGUAUGUUUGUGUGUA